AUGCGGAGAGGGAAGAAGCUGGAGCAGGAGCUGGGGCUGGCAGCGAAGAGGCAGUGUCUGGAGCUGGGCAGUGACCAAGCCCAGGCAGCACAAGAGAUUGGGGUGCCCGUGCCCCAGCAGGUGCCCUUGCCCGGGGGGUGCCUCUGCAUGCAGUGGCCGCGGCUGUGUGGGGUGGGCGCUGGGCUGCGCAACCUGGGGCGCAGCUGCUUCCUCAACGCCACGCUGCAGUGCCUGACCCACACGGCGCCGCUCGCCAGCUACCUGCUCUGCGGGGAGCACGGCCGCAGCUGUCACCGAGAAGGCUUCUGCAUGCUCUGCACUAUGCAGACCCACGUGGGGCAGGCCUUUGCCAGCAGCGGCCAGGCCAUAAAGCCAGAGGCCAUCAUCCGGAACCUCAAGAACAUUGCCCAGCACUUCAGCCUCCGGAGGCAGGAGGAUGCCCACGAGUUCCUGCGCUGCGCCAUUGACGCCAUGCAGCAGGCCUGCGGGAACGGCUGUGCCCAGCUGGAUGGGCAGAGCCAGGCCCCAACGCUGGUCCAGCAGAUCUUUGGGGGUUCCCUGCGGUCCCGUGUGCUGUGCUUGCAGUGCCAGAACACCUCGGACACCUACGAGCCUUACCUGGACCUGGCACUGGAGAUCGGGGAGGCCACAAGCGUGGUGCAGGCGCUGGAGCAGUUUGUGCAGCCAGAGCUGCUGUGCGGGGAGAAUGCCUACAUGUGUGCCAGGUGCCAGCAGAAGGUGUCUGCCCGCAAAGGCUUCAGCAUCCACCAAGCUGCCAACGUCCUCACAGUGGCACUGAAGCGCUUUGCCCCUUUUGGGGGAGGGAAGAUCACAAAGGCCGUGGCGUACCCCAUGCUGCUGAACGUCCGCCCCUACCUGUCUGUGCCGCGCGGGGACCCCGUCCUCUACAGCCUCUAUGCGGUGCUGGUGCACUCUGGGCACAGCUGCCACGCAGGGCACUACUACUGCUACGUGAAGGCCAGCAGUGGGCAGUGGUACCUGAUGAACGACGAGCGGGUGUGCCCCGCGGGCAUCCAAGAGGUCCUGGGGCAGCAGCCCUACCUGCUCUUCUACCAGAGGGUGCCCAGCCCCAGGAGGAGCUGGCAGGGGCCCACUGCCAAGGCUGCCUCCAGCCUGCCCGGCUGCACUGGCGGUGUCCACAGCGAGGACAGGAAAUCUGUCACCAAGGAGCCCCUGUCCUCAGCAGGGAUGGGCCAGGGCCCAGGGCUGCUGCCAGGGGAGAAGCCGCCUGGGCUGGAGGAGGCUGGAGUCCCUGUGGCCCACAGCCUGUUUGGGAUGGAGCCAGAGCUGUGCAGUGGAAGCCCCACCCUGCCAAAGCUGCCUGCUGGGUCGCCAGCACCCAGCAGAGAGGGCUCAGCAGCUGUGUGCCAGGACUACUGGGCACAGCUGCAGGGCCUGACACGCAGCAGCAAAUCCUCCAUCGCCAGGCUGACCCUCCUGGCACAGCAGAACGUGGCCUUGGCCAGCAGCAUCGUGUCCCUGGUGGAAGCACGAGUGGCCAAGGCUCCCCCAGCACAGAAGCUCCCUGCUCUCUACCUGAUGGAUUCCAUCCUCAAGAACGUGGGAGGAGAAUACCUGAAGGCCUUUGCCCCAAAGCUGGUGGAAACCUUUGUGUCUGCCUUCCAGAAGCCAGAGGAGUCCAGUGCAGCUCCCUCUGCCACCUCUGGUGCCUCUGCUGCAGCUGCUGCUGCAAUGCCCCAGGCGCCGAGCCAGGAGCAGCUGCUGAGGCAGCAACUGCUUGUGAAGGAGAAGCAGGUGCUGGAGCUUCGGCAGAAGCUGUCCGAGCUGGAGCAGGCUGGAGCACAGCUGACAGUUCUUGACCCAGAGACAGAGUGA